UGCCCCAGAUAUCUUUAGUAUUUAUAAUUUUAUUGUUGGUACCUGCCGUAUAUUACAUUUGCGUUUUAAGUUAGGUGAUGAAUUGAUAUGCUUUAAUUCAAGUGAAUGUGUUUCGUCGUAAUAAUGAAUUAAAAUUUACAAUUUUAGUUAUUAUAAACUAAUUUAUUUUAGUGGAACAAUAUGUCUGACAUAAUACAACCAAAAACUGUUAAGAUACAUAAAUUACCUUUUCUUAUUAAAAAGAAUGCAAUAACAUCGCCUGAUGAAUUAAAAUCUAACUACAAUGUGUUGCUUCGAUGUGUUAAAAAUACAAACAAGAAGUUGUACAAGGAAGACAUAAUAUACAAAACAAGUGAACGAGAUGUGUUCAACGGGAAAUACCCUAACUUAACAAUCACCAAUCGACUAAAUGUAUUAAAAAACAGUAGUAGAACUGUUGCUACUUACACAGGUGAAGAUUCUAAAGUCAUCGAGUUGAGCUCGGACGCUGUGACAAAAGUCAUAGGGCAAAACAACUACGAUGUAGUUUUCAGUGCUUUGUGCUCAGUGAUAAGUCAAGAUUUAAAAGUUAAGGGUAUACUUGCUUUAUUGAGCCUUGAUGUUAACGUCAGCACAAAAGCUUUGAACGUUCACCAAUCCACACAGACCUAUCAGUCAAGUCGAGAAAUUCUUAUGCGUGAGAAACAACGGAGGUUUAUGAAAAGGAAACAAGUACGAUCGUAUGUUGUGCAAGAUGAUAUGCUACCUGAUAAACAGAUGAAAAAAAUUGUUAUCCAUCCAAAGAACCUUAUCGAACCUGAUCAAAUCAAAAAAGAGAAGGCAGACAAGUCGGACGAACAGAGAAUAGAGGAAGAAAAUUGUUCAGACAGCGGAACAGAAGCUAAGAACAAUCAUUUGCCGGAUUUAAGACUUCUGCUCGAUGAAGACAGCAACAUAUCGGACACGAGUGACGGGAAUAUAUCUAUAGGCAGUUGCAACAUACCAAAUAUAUUGGAAAAUCCAAAAUCUUUGCUUAUAAACAUAGAUAAAUAUACAGAAGAAACCGUUCCCGAAUACUCAACAAUAGUCACAAUGGACGGUUCACAUGUGAAAAUAAAAGGUAACCCUGAUAUCUUCCAUCUGGCGACCCCUGAGGUUUUAAAAUAUUUGGAGCCGAGCGAUCAGAAAAAAAUAGUUUUGCACCAAGCUUAUAUUGACUGGAAGUAUUGCCUGGAAGAAGAUAAUAAUCAAAAUCUACCGAUACACUGGGCCGUACUCAGGAACGACGUGGAACUGCUGAAACGACAGUGCCUCGUGUUGAAGAGCCGUCAGGGGUCGGUCGACGUCACUUCCGGGAGUAACAUGACGGCGCUGCAGAUGUCGCUGUUCCAAGACAGCGCGGCGUGCGUGAGCGUGCUGCUGCAGCACGGCGCCGACCCGCUGGCCACCGACGCCGACGCGCGCGCCGCGCUGCACCGCGCCGCCCGCGCCGCCGCCCCCGCGCUGCGGGCGCUGCUGCGCGCCUGCGAGGGCCGCGCCAGAGACAUUCUGAAGCAAAACGACGACUUGUGGAAGCCGCAGUUCGAGAAGAAGAGCGACAAGGAGUUGGCCGAUUAUCUCCUGUACAAGAUGUGCGUGAUGUGCGACGACCAAGGGUACACCCCGCUGAUGUUGGCCAGCAAGAUAGGCAAGAGUGAAAACGUUAAGCUUCUGAUACAAGCGGCUCCGAGUACUAUCAACAUGAGGAUGCCCAACUGUGGGAACACCGCUUUGUACAUAGCGGUGACCGCCGCCUGUCUGGAUUGUUACGGCAGCGAGAACAAGUCGGAGGUGGCGCCGAACUUCUACGAAACCAUCGGCGCGCUGGUGGAGGGGGGCGCCGACCCCACCAUCGACAACGACUCGGGCAGCAACGUCAACCUGCUGCUCACCGAGUUCUCCAUCGGCAAGCUGUCCAUGCUGAUAGCCAACAAGCUGACGGCCGCCAAGUACUUCGACGGGAACAAGCUGAAGGACUUCAACUCCUACAUGCUGGUCAAGGACUCCGAGGGUAAGGUCAACCUGAAGGAACUGAAGUCCCCCAAGGAGCCGAAGGAGCCAGUGGAGGCGCACAUCAUAACGAUCGGCCCCGAACGCCAACCGAAGCGAAAGAACGACUCGGUGAUCGUCAAACCGAAGAAGAAGAGUAUCCCUGUCGUGACGCAGCUGGUGUCGCUCGCGCAGCAGCGGAACAGGCCCCUGAUACUGAAGAAGGUGGACCCGUUGGGGGGCGCCACCGAGGCCCCCGGCUCGGCGACGCCGGCGGCCCCGCUCGCCAUCCCGCUGUCGGCGGCGCUUCCCCUGAAGUUUGUGAAGAUCUUGCCCAAAAUCGACGCGAACAGUGCCGCACAGAUCCCGACGACGCCCACGACGCCCACGACGCCCACAGCGCCCACAGCGCCCAUUAGCGUCAUUAAGCGAGCUAAACCGUCUUCGAAAUUGAACAAAAGUUCCAAGAAAAUUAAACUUUAACAAAAUAUUAUCUGUGUUCAUGUUGAACAUGAAUCUCAACAAAUGUCCGGUUACGGUAUUCAAGAGACGUUUAGUUUUGAUUACGGAUAGUAUUUUUGCCAACGAGGCGUUCAGCUAACUUUAACUUGCUACUUACAAAUCGGAAAGCUACGAAUAACGGAUAGGUCGAUGAAGAUACUAGUGUUUGAAUAGGAAAUCGCAUUGGAAGUGAGCAAAACGAGUCGUUUAAUCAAUAAAGUAACCGGACUUUAAUGUACCGUUUGUGUUCAAGUGAUCGUCGCGUAGUUAUGUUUCGUAUUUUGUUAUUAUCGAGCUUCGUUCGACAGGUUUCGAUACGGCAGUUGUACCGUCGUGGAAACUAUCGUCAAACCCAUCUGUAAAGCGAGCGUCAAAACUCGAUCUAGAAUAUUCAAAUACGUUAAACUAAACCAUACUUGUAAAGAGAUAAUGCGUUUCGGAUGUCCGUCUGUCAAUCACGUUAGAUGUAACAGAUGCACUCAUUUAAUAUGUAUAUAUAUAUAAUUAGGGGAUUGUAACAAGUAAUAUUAUUAUAAAAUUUAAACUUAAAAACGUUCGCGUGACGUCACAUCGCUGUAAACACGCGACGUGACCUUCAACAUGUAUGAAACGCGUAAUUCUUGCGGCAUCAGCCUGUCUUAUAGACGCCAUCUCGGCUAAAUUACAUAAAUAAUAAUUAUAUCGAUUGAGAGAUACGUCCGUGUGUGUAUCACGCACGGAUUCUUUAACCCUGAAGUGCGCGUCGGCUCAUCCGCCUGCAGAUAUAUUAUGAUGCAAAAUAAUAGUUUAUUAGAGUUAAUUUCUUUAUGGGGUCUGAAGUACCCCGCGGUCAAGCGAGGGUCAGAAACGUCAAUUUAUAUGUAGAGGAUAGAAGGCCGACGUAUAUAAUAAUAAUAAUAGUGUGAAAAUGUAUGCAGUCAGAUAAAGGUAAAGAAAAAAUUUAUUAAAAAUUUUAGAUUGCGACCCAGAUGAUGCUCACUUGACUUCGGUCCGUGAUCGUUACUAACCGGCGUGCACCGAGAUUUGCAUAAUUUAAACGAAAAAAUAAUAAUAAUUUAUUGGAGCAAAAAGUAAAUACUUCUAUUAGCUAAGUACUCUAUUUACCUGUGGUAUAUGAGAUGCUUAUAGUAGGCAUUAUAAAAAUGUUGCGCAUUUAAGGGUUAAAGUGGCUCAGAGCGAUCAAGUCCACUAAGAUGUAAUUGAAAACGGGUAUUUUGUUAUAAUUUAUAUAUUAAGUUAGUUUUACGGUUAUGUAUAGUCGGAAGUUAUCGUGCCCGUCAUUUUGCGUCGUAUAGACGAUUUAAAUCGUCUGGUCGUUAUUUAUUUUACUUAAAUUGGCUCGUAAGUAUUUGUUGGGAAAGUUACGAGUGGCUUAAAGGGUUAUAUUAACGUUAUACUAAUAAAAAAAGCUCUCUUUGUUACCGUACAAGUGAUACUGACGAUACUUUUAAAUGAUUUCAAUUCCGUUUGCAAAGAGAAAGUAGCUGCGCUAGUAGGGGGGUCAAUCUGACUCGGCUGGAGAAGGUUCUGGCGCCAAACCAGUAGAUUUAGCAAUCUCAGAAUGCCAACUUCGAGGCUCCUUCAGGGCUGAUACUGUGGAAUUCUCGACUGAGUAACGAAUGUGGUCCGGGCUAGCGUCCCGGCAGUCUUCGUUAAAGUGACAAUUACAUAAAACCAAAAAUGUAAUGUUUCAAUAUGUAUUUCUAACAGCGCCUCCGGGCCCAAAGUCUCCGGGCGGUGGUGACCACGUAACAACAGGACCAUUCAGCCGAUCCGCCUACUUGUUCAAUAAAAUUAUAAAAAAAAAUAAAAUUUAAUAAAUAUUGCAAAGUUUAUCAAUAUUAAUUAAUAGAAUAAUUGUUUCCUAACGACUUGGUCAAAAUAUGGUCUAUAAAACUGUACGUUUGGCUGCGAAAUGGCGGUCGCGACGCGUUCAGACUUUCGUCCGAACGCUGGAGAUACUUCAAUUUUUUACUUGAGAAGUAAAACAUGAAAUUCUUACGUGAUGAGUGGGAACGGACUACGGUGCUGUUGUAGGAACUCACUUAACAUCUCACUCGUGAAAUGGAAGCCCGUUUGGGUAACCAGUUCACAUUCACAUUUUACCGCCAAGCAGAAAUACACAGUGCUGUCGUUUUCGAUCGAUGAGUGAGCCAGUGUAAUAUUCAAUCUUCAGAUUCCCAAAUAUUCAGUCAGUCAUUGUUUAUGAGACUCGAUCUCGUCUACUUAAUUUUACCUAACUUUUUUCCAAAACAGUGAGUAAAUCACUAUUUGACCAGUACGCUCCCCGGGCGACGUAGGAAAGUGGAUACUAUACAGCAAACACCUUUUCUUAGCUGAGAACUAUUUUACCUUAUUAUAAUGAAUAAAAUAAAAGUAAUUUCAUGCUUAAACUAUUUGCCCACUGUUGGGCAAGACUUCAAGUCUACUGCAGGUUACUGUGUCCUUAAAAUAAGAUAUACAUAUAUAAUUCAUUCCACGAAUCGAACUCCGAGGGAACAAAAUACUCGCAACUCAUUGGUCGAUGGCCGCCGGUAGAGACAACUCGACGAAUCCGGCUCGUGAGACGACCAUAAUAUAUUAUUUAUAAAACCAAUGACCGCACGAAGGCAGUUGCCGUUGGGAUUUCGUGGAAUGAACUGUAAUAAGGAAUCGGUGUUUGAUGGUGGUCGGAUCUUCAGAAACAGUCCGUCACCGGUCCGGUUUGUCUUUUUGAACCAGAUAUGACGUGACGUCGUACUUUAAAAAUUAGCAGUGGAAUCAAAUUCACGUAUAAUAGUUUGUCUGGAAAUUAUUGAAUUUAAAUGGUAUAGCUGUAAAUAAUUUAAUAAAUAGUUAAUGUAGAUAUCAAUGAAGUAAGUUUUUUUUAUUAAAUAAUAUUUUUAUAAGAAAAUUGACUAUUAAUAUAAUAAUAAGUACUAUUAAGCCGCUGUUUUUGUUUACUAUGAAUGCCACCCUCCCUAAAAUGGAAGAGAUUAGCCAAUGCACAUAGAAACAUUAUUUAUUUUAUUUUACAUAAGUUAUGUAUUAAAUAACAGUAAUUAAAUAAAUCAAAGGCGUUUGAGCGAAAAUAAAUUAAAUAUAUUUGAUAAAUAUUUUAUGUAAUAUAAAAUACAUCGGACAAACAUAUAAACAUAUAACGCUUGUAAACACAAACGCGUAACGGAAUUCCUUCCUCAUAUCAAAGUGUUGAUAUGGAACUUUUAAAACUUUUGUUAAAAAUACACAAUCCUUGAAAAUUGUCAGCGCUGAUCAUACAUCACUUUAUGUUGUGAGAUGAUGAAAGGAGAUAGCAACACUUUGCUUAGAGCUAAGAGCAAAGUAAAUGUUUGUAUCCCUUUCUCUUGUAUGAGAUUGGAAGAGAUGACUUAUAUCACCAGUUCCUUUGGUAAUUGGUCAAUUGCGUCAUCUCAUUAAACGGAAGUAUCGUUUUAUUUUUAUUGGUUUCUAAUUGGAAUUAAUUGGUUAUUAAUUGGAAUUUUAUUAACGUAGUAAUUUGAAUGUAACGCCCUUUGACAUCGGAUAUCUAUCUGUCUCUCUCUAGUUUAUUUUUAUUCUACAUGUAAUCACUCGCGAGCUCCAGCAGCGCCAUCUAAGUUUCGAAUUCAUUGAAGAGACACUAUAAACACAAGAUACUUCUUGCUUCAUUCCACAGACUCGAAGCGUUCUGCCAAUUUUAAUUCGUUAACUAUUUAUGACCGCAGUGUCGCUAAUAUAGUUUUAUAUUCAUGUUACUUUUGAUUAUACUAACGCACAGGAGUCCGCAACGACGCGCUGAUUGAUUUAAUUUUUAACUUUUGAAUAUUUGUAAUGCAUACAUAGUUUAGUGGACCUUUAGCAUAUGUAUGUAUAUCAUUAUUAUAUAUUUAAGGGAUUUUGUUUAUGUAUAAACUUAUUCAACUUAAGUUUUUUGCCUUAUUAUAAAACACUUCUUCAAAGAAUCUAAUUUAAAAUAUACAGAAGAUCUGUCAUCUUAAAUGAACGUAAGACGUCUUACAGCAACGCGUUGUGUUCCAGUAGUUUUUAUUUUUAAUUUCCUACAAUGAGUAGUUUUGUUUUUUUUUUA